AUGCCAUGCUGUGCCAGAGUAUUCGAAAACGCGUGCGAGGUGACGUGGAAGGAGGUCUGCGAGAGCAAGAAAAGGGAAGAUGCUUUAAAUGCCGGUAUCAAUAGCACCCGCCACGUGCAGGAGCUUGGAUAUUUAUUACCGGCGGCCCGGCCCCGCGCUGUGGAUGACAAGCUGCUGUCCGAGCCUCUCAGCCACCCCGACUUCUUCAACGUGAAGGAGCUCUUCUCCCUGAAAGAUCUCUUUGAUGCUCGGGUGCACCUGGGGCACAAAAAGGGAUGUCGGCAUAGGUUCAUGGAGCCCUAUAUCUUUGGCUGCCGCCUGGAUCAAGACAUCAUCGACUUGGAUCAGACGAUGCAGCACCUCCAGCUGGCUCUCAACUUCACCGCCCACAUCGCCUACCGCAAGGGCAUCAUCCUCUUCGUCAGCCGCAAGCGCCAGUUUUGCCACCUGAUCGAGAACACAGCGCGGGAGUGUGGGGAGUACGCCCACACCCGCUACUGGCAGGGCGGUCUGCUCACCAACGCACACAUCCAGUUCGGCUCCGGCGUCCGCCUUCCUGACCUCCUCAUCUUCCUCAGCAGCCUCAACAACGUCUUUGAGCCCCACGUGGCCAUCCGGGAUGCUGCCAAGAUGAACAUCCCCACCGUGGGGGUGGUAGACACAAACUGCAACCCCUGUUUGAUCACCUACCCCAUCCCCGGGAACGACGACAGCCCCACCGCCAUGGAGCUCUACUGCAAGCUCUUCAGGAUGGCCAUCAUCCGUGCCAAGGACAAAAGGAAGCAGAGUGAGGUCUUUGACGAGCUGCGGAGCAAAGCGGAGGGCAGUUAG